UGGAGUUUGUCAACAAUUAUGGAUGAUGGCUACCAGGCGCUCUUGCUUGACAAAUUCUAAUGACAAUCCUCAUGUUUGCGACAUUGGGCGAGAAUUAUUUGAUGCAUGUCGAUAUGGUGAUGUUUCUAGGGUAAGGAAACUUGUUACACCACAAAAUGUAAAUGCAAGAGAUGCUGCAGGUCGAAAAUCGACUCCAUUGCAUUUCGCAGCUGGAUUUGGACGCAGAGAUGUUGUGGAACAUCUUUUACAAAAUGGAGCAAAUGUCCAUGCCAGGGAUGAUGGAGGCUUAAUUCCUUUACAUAAUGCUUGUUCAUUUGGUCAUGCUGAAGUUGUACAGUUACUUCUAAAACAUGGAGCAGAUCCUAAUGCUCGAGAUAAUUGGAACUAUACUCCACUCCAUGAAGCUGCUAUUAAGGGAAAGACUGAUGUUUGUAUAGUAUUGCUCCAACAUGGUGCAGAUCCCAACAUCCGUAACACAGAUGGAAAAGCAGCUUUAGAUCUGGCAGAUCCUUCUGCAAGAGCUGUACUUGCUGGUGAAUAUAGAAAAGAUGAUUUACUGGAAGCAGCACGAAGUGGAAAUGAAGAGAAAUUGAUGGCAUUAUUGACACCUCUUAAUGUAAAUUGUCAUGCAAGUGAUGGAAGAAAGUCAACACCUUUACACUUGGCAGCUGGUUACAAUCGUAUAAGGAUUGUACAGCUUCUUCUACAGCAUGGAGCUGAUGUGCAUGCUAAGGAUAAAGGAGGUCUUGUUCCAUUACACAAUGCAUGUUCUUAUGGACAUUUUGAAGUUACUGAAAUACUCAUUAAGCAUGGUGCCAAUGUGAAUGCUGUGGAUUUAUGGGCUUUCACUCCUAUCCAUGAAGCAGCAUCAAAAGCUCGCAUUGAAGUUUGCUCUUUGCUUCUCAGUCAUGGAGCAGAUCCAACCACUACAAACUGUCAUGGCAAAUCCGCAAUUGAUCUGGCAUCAGCAAGAGAACUUCCAGAAAGACUUAAUUAUGAAUUCAAAGGUCAUUCUCUGUUAGAGGCAACACGUCUUGCAGAUCCUGCUAGAGUCAAAAAAGCCUUAACUUUAGAUGUGAUAAAUUUUAAGCAUCCUUUCACUCAUGAUACACCUCUUCAUUGUGCUGCUGGUUCACCCUAUCCCAAGCGAAAGCAUGUGACAGAAAUUUUAAUUAGGAAAGGUGCAAGUCUGAAUGAAAAAAAUAAAGAGUUUUUGACACCUCUUCAUGUAGCUGCAGAUAAAUCUCAUUAUGAUGUUAUUGACGUCCUACUUAAACAUGGAGCAAAGGUUAAUGCUCUAGAUGCUCUUGGUCAGACAGCAUUACACAGAUGUGCCCGUGAGGGCAAUAUACAAGCUUGUAGAUUAUUGCUAUCUUACAAUGUAGAUACCUCAAUUAUUAGUUUACAAGGUUAUACAGCUGCUCAAGUUGCUAAUGAAAGUGUUCAAAAGUUACUAAGUGAACCAACAAAUUCAAAUAUGGACAUAGAGUAUCAGUUAUUAGAAGCAGCUAAAGCUGGUGAUACAGAAGUUGUGAAGAGGAUAUUAGCUACACAUCUUCCUGUUGUAAACUGCCGAGAUGUUGAUGGUAGGCAAUCUACUCCAUUGCAUUUUGCAGCUGGAUACAACAGGGUUUCUGUAGUAGAAUAUCUUCUUCAACAUGGUGCAGAUGUACAUGCUAAGGACAAAGGUGGUCUUGUACCCCUGCACAAUGCAUGCUCAUAUGGUCAUUAUGAGGUAGCUGAAUUGCUUGUUAAGUAUGGUGCUAAUGUAAAUGUUGCUGAUUUAUGGAAAUUUACACCCUUACAUGAGGCAGCUGCUAAAGGAAAAUAUGAGAUUGUUAAACUACUCCUGAAGCAUGGAGCAGAUGCUUCUAAAAAGAACCGUGAUAGCCACACACCUUUAGAUUUAGUUAAAGAAGGAGAUCAAGAUGUUGCAGAUUUAUUAAGAGGUGAUUCAGCUCUAUUAGAUGCUGCAAAGAAAGGUAAUCUUAAUAGAGUUAUGAAGUUAGUAACUCCAGAAAAUAUCAAUUGCAGAGAUUCUCAAGGUCGAAACUCUACACCACUACAUCUGGCAGCUGGUUACAAUAACUUGGAUGUUGCUGAAUUUCUGCUUGAACAUGGAGCUGAUGUCAAUGCUCAAGACAAAGGAGGCUUAAUACCCUUACAUAAUGCUUCUUCUUAUGGGCACUUAGACAUAGCUGCUCUUCUAAUAAAGUACAAUACUGUUGUGAAUGCUACUGAUAGAUGGGGCUUCACACCUUUACAUGAAGCAGCUCAAAAAGGCAGAACACAACUUUGUGCAUUACUGUUAGCACAUGGUGCAGAUCCAACAAUGAAAAAUCAUGAAGGUCAAACACCAUUUGAUCUUGCUACAGCUGAAGAUGUUAAAUGCUUACUUAUGGAUGCUAUGCCUCCAACUACCUUACCACCCACUACUAAGAGUAGUGCUAUUGGAGCAUCUGCAUUACCUAUCAUAGGAUCUCCUAGUGUUUCAUCUCCACCAAUUUCAAGCUUCCCGGUUGCACUGGAGGCCGACAUUCCACUUUCGCUCAAUCUUUUUUCAUCGCAGAAAGCUUCUGCAAUCAUGUCAGCUUCAGGAUCUCAACAUGGAGAUGGAUGUGUGGACUUUGAUAGAGCAGAAGCACCCGACCCCACAAUGGAGAAUGUGGGCAUAUCUGGUUUUCUCAUGAGCUUAGGUCUAGAGCACUUAUCUGAUACUUUUGAGAAAGAGCAGAUUACUCUUGACAUCCUUGCAGAAAUGGGUCAUGAAGAACUGAAGCAAAUAGGAGUCAAUGCUUAUGGCCAUCGUCAUAAGCUCUUAAAGGGCAUUGAGAAACUUUAUAUGGGUCAUAAUUCAUCCACUUUUAUGCCAAAUAAACCUGGUACUGUAUUAGUUGAACUUUGUCCAGAAGACAAAGAGUUUCAGGCUGUAGAAGAAGAGAUGCAAGCUACCAUCAGGGAACAUCGAGAUAAUGGGCAUGCUGGUGGAAUAUUCUCUAGAUAUAAUGUUUUAAAGAUUCAGAAAGUUCGUAAUAAAAAGUUAUGGGAAAAAUACUGCCAUCGGCGGAAAGAAGUAGCAGAAGAGAACCAUAGCCAAGCAAAUGAACGAAUGCUCUUCCACGGUUCUCCUUUUAUUAAUGCUAUUGUACAAAAAGGUUUUGAUGAGAGGCAUGCUUACAUUGGAGGAAUGUUCGGAGCUGGAAUUUAUUUUGCUGAAAACUCCUCCAAAAGUAAUCAGUAUGUUUAUGGUAUUGGAGGUGGGACUGGAUGUCCUAUUCAUAAAGACAGAUCAUGUUAUAUUUGUCAGAGGCAAUUAUUAUUCUGCCGAGUGACAUUAGGCAAAUCCUUCCUACAGUUUAGUGCUAUGAAAAUGGCUCAUGCACCUCCAGGACAUCAUUCCGUCAUUGGACGGCCCAGUGUUGGUGGGCUGUCUUACCCAGAGUAUGUGGUCUAUCGUGGUGAACAGGCCUAUCCAGAAUAUCUCAUCACAUACCAAAUAGCCAAGCCAGAUACAGAACCAUCCCCAUCAUCAUCUUCGUCAUGACCUUCUACAUAAAUAGACUUCAAAUUAAUUUGUUAUUUUUUUACUCUGUGUUUUACAUGCAUUUUCACAUUUUGGACAUACAUCUCAGACUCAUUUAAUAUAUGCAUUGUUAUGACACAGACACAGCUGUUUUUCCAAUGUGUUUUCUCUAUCAAUAUUUAAGAGAAGUGAUGAUGAUAAAUAAGCACAUUUGAAUUUCAGAGCUUAUGAUUGUGAUGAAAAUACUUGUUCUAUUUGGUAAAUUUUCCAUGAGAAAGCUAUUUGAUGCAUACACAGUGCAUGAAAAGUAGGUUAGUCAUAAUAAUUCAUUAUAAUAUGAAAUUUUUUAUCUAAACUAAUUAAAUGCAUCAAAUAUAAAACAAAAUCUGUAUCCAUUGUUCCCUUGCUUUAUGCGUACCAUUCCUAGCUUUUAAUAUCCGAAAUAGCUUAUAAAAGUUUAUAUAAGGGAUGGAAAAAAUUGCAUUGUGAUGAACAUUGAAAAGUAUCAUUAAUGGAAAUUAAAUAAUUUCUUUGAGACUUUUCAGUUUUACUUGAUAUAAUCAAAAUAUUUUAGUAUAUAUUUAUUAAACUUUAAAUUUUGGCUAAGGGAAAUUCUAGAGCUGCCUUUAAAAGAAUUUUUAGCAGAGAAAACAAGAAUGUACUUUCUCCACUUUUUAAUUCAUUGAAAGACUUGUGGUCAAUUUAGACUACCCAAUAUAUUAUCUAUGCUUAUAUUUUAUAUUAACAAUAAAUCUAUCCAUCAGGUAUAUCGUGAUAGGGAUUACUUAUAACAGAUACUAAAAUCAAUAGUAACUUGUGAAGAAUGAAAUCCUAAUAGCUUACUGAUAUGUCAUCUACUCUGGCCACACGAAAAAAGUUAUUAUUCUAUGUAAGUUUAUAAUAUAGUCUAAAUUGUUAUUCCAUUUUUUAAUACCAAAUUUCUGUUUUUUCUGAGACUAAUUUUUUCCAAAUUAUUAUAAUAUGUGUUAUGUAAAUUCAUUUUAUGAAAACAUUGUUUAAUUAUUUGUUAAGUUUGGGUAAAUGCUAGGGAACAAUGUGUAUUUGUUUUAUUUGAUAAAUAGACCACUUACAUGUAAAAACUUAAACAAUUUUAUAUAAUUAUGUAAAAAUAAAGAUAAUUGUUAUUUGCAGAGAGUGCCCGUUGCCAGAAGAAUUUUUCAUUAUUUUAAUGAAAUUUCUUUCAAAUUCAGUUAUUACAUUUCUAAUUACACUAUGAAGCUAAGAACGAAUAUAAUGUUAAGAAUAUAAGUAAUAUAAUGUUAACAAAAAAAAAAUAUUUUUUUUUUAUGUAUCAUAUUAGCAGUGUUAUGUUUCAAUUAUUUAUAUUCCAUUUAGUCUUUAAGCUCAUUUGGGUCUUCAUAUUUUAUUCAAUGUUUAGAAAAUCACACUCCGUGAAUUUAAUUUUAUUUUAUGUUUAAAUUUUUUUAAUUAAAUUAAUUUUUUGUGGAAAGUGUGCUCAAGUAUUCAUAUUUCCUGUUAGAAAUCUGAAUUGUUUUAAUGACUUUUUUUUUUUCAAAAUUAUUAAAACAAAUUCAAAUGCCUUGUUCCAGAUAUAAAAAAUUACUUAGUUCUAUUAAUUAUACAAUUGGCACUAAUGGCUUAGAACCAAAUCAGCUAAAUAAAAAAUAUUAAUGAGCAUGAAAAUGAAAUAUUUAAUUCCAUCAACAGACCUAUUAAAUUAAUAAUUAUGAAUAUAUGCAUGUUGAAAAUAGUUUCUGUUAAAAUUUAAAAAAUACUCCUACUUCCCCGAUCAUGUAUGGUAAUUUGGCCACUCUCUGUAUACGCAAUAUAAUUUAUUUAAAUAUGUUGUUUAUUCCAUUAGGACUGAACAAUUGUUUUAGGUAGCUAAAAUCUGUAAUCAUGAAAUUAUAUUUUGGGAAUUAGUGGUAUUAUUUUUUUAUUUUGAAUUUGUUGUUGUUGUUGUUGUUUCCAUGUAUGUAUAAAAUGUUUUUAAUGCAAAAGUACUGCAAAUGAAUCGCCUCAAAAUAUUACAACUGAUGUGUGUGAUAAUGGAUAACUAUGAUUUUGAUGGUGAUAUCUAGCAUUUGGUUUUAUUAUGGAAAACAUGAAAUUUGUUAGAACUUAUAACUAAAUAAUUUAUAGCAGUAAUAUUUUAAAAUGGACUCAGUUAAAUGAAGAAUUUGAUAAAUUCAUUAAGCUCCAUGCUAGUCUCCAUUGCCCUAUUUGUUUGUUCUGUCCUUGUUCUAUUUGUUACCAUUCUAAUUUGAUAGUACUAGUUUGUAGAAAUAAACAUGUAUUGAACAAAAAAAACAACAA